UUCAUCUUCAUGAUAGGCUACGCAAGAGGAAAAGUUAUACGUUGUUGCACCGGCAAAGAAAAGCUUUAACUAGUAUGAACUGGUAUAAAGAAUACACACACGUUUGUCCUCUUUUAUAUACAGUGUGAGGUGAAAACUGUAUUGGUUAUAAAUUAGUGAAGUCCACUGAGCUAGGACAAAUGCCGUUUUGUUUUUGAACGAGUCUUUAAAUUAAAUCGUUAAUUCCUGUGACAUGUUAUUACUAAUACUAAUGAUAGGCAAAUAACUAACACUUGCAGAAAAUAUCUCUAAACCAGUCAGUGAACGAAUAUUUUGGUGAACGAGUCACGGGUAUGAAUUUCCCUGAUAGCACAUCACGGGAUCGUAUAUUUGACAUCUGUAAGACCUAUUUUUAUAAUGUUUGCUCAUCAUAAGACGUGUAUGUUUUUGAUGUUUAUGAACUGAUAUCUUACAUUUAUCUGUUAUAUGUUUUUACAGAACAGAACAGAACAGACAUAUUGCAGACUUACGUGAGCUAUUACCAAAGACUGGUCAUUACUAAGGUUUUUGAAAAGUAAGAGUUGGCUUAUGUUCAUGAACGAACCGGCGUUUAAACCUGCAGAAGAAGUCACUAAACGAAUCAGUAAAAAAUAUAAACUAUUCAGAAAUGGGUCAAAAUCUCCAACGCUAUUUUCAAGUAAGUAUUUUAAAAUUUGGUGAUCUCCAGCCUGGCAUUUUCAGGGUUUUCCAAAUACGAAACGCAGCACUGCCGGUCCGUACACAGCCACCGUAGAGCCAAAGUGUAAGCACGCGUCCGUCUCAAAUCAACAAUGGCGGCCCCCUUUGGCGUGUGUAGGUUACAUUUCAGGGUUUUAGGGGGGCUUGAAAAAUUUGGAUUGGAAACCCAAGCGCAAGUAAGAUUCACGUCGACUACAUCAGCAAUCAAAGCCCAGACAGAGAACAAGACAGCGAAAGCCGCCAAGGAGAGUAAAACAUUUCAAGCCAUCCAAGAGGAGAGAAGAGAAGCAGCUGAAAGAUCUGUUUUGAUCAACUGUCCGCCUAAGAUCAACGAAAAGAAGUUUUUAGAUUACCUGUCCAAACAUGGGACAAUCAACACACAUUUCUUCUACAAUAGCUAUGGAGCAAAUGCAGUGGUUGAAUUCUCCAGCAGAGAGAGCAUUGCCUCAUUGAAGGACAGCAUUAAUAUACCAGCUGUUGAACAUGAAGCUGCAGUGCCUUUCAAAUCUCGCCUGCUGUCAUUAAAAUGGCCAGGCAGUCAGUCGAGUAAUCAUCCCAUGCCUAAGUUCAAAGAGCAGUCCCCUGCAUCCAUCAGUGAAAUCACCCAGCUGCUUUCAGAACAGGACAGUAUAGAUGAACAACUGCAAUGUCUGACAGAGACCUUGCAGCUCACAGAAGAGAACAUCAGUCUGCGCUUCCUUGUUUGUUCUCUGCUUCGAGACAUAGCUGGAGCAUAUUUCCCAGAAUGCAUUAUCAGGCCUUUUGGCUCCUCGGUCAACAGCUUUGGCAAACUGGGCUGUGAUGUUGACAUGAUUCUGGACCUUAAUGGAAUCUAUGCAACAAGCCAGAAAAAGGGCUCUGCACUGUCUCUGGAGUACCAGGUGAAGAGAGGAGCAUCAGAGUGGGCUGUGACCCAGAGUAUCCUCUCAGUCAUUGGGAAAUGUGUAGACCAGUUCGGCCCUGGAUGUGUGGGAGUCCAGAACAUUCUUCAAGCCCGAUGUCCUCUAGUCCGCUUUGCUCACCAACCCACUGGCUUUCAGUGUGAUCUCACUGCCAAUAACAGGGUGGCAAUGAAGAGUUCAGAACUGCUGUUUCUCUACGGCCAGCUGGACCCUCGUGUUCGGCAUCUGGUGUUCGGUGUGCGGUGCUGGGCUCGGGCUCAUAGUAUCACAAGCAGUAUUCCAGGAGCAUGGAUCACCAACUUCUCUUUAACACUCAUGGUAGUGUUCUUUCUUCAACAGAGGAAUCCUCCCAUACUGCCCACACUGGACCAACUGAAGGAGCUGGCAGGACCAUCAGAUAAGUGUGUCAUUGAGGGUAAUGACUGCACUAUUGUCAGUGACCUUAGCAAGAUUACACUGCAGCAGAACACAGACACAUUAGAGAAACUGUUGCAGGAAUUCUUCGAGUUUUAUGGCAAUUUUCCCUUUAACAAGGCAUCGAUCAAUAUCAGGAAGGGCAAGGAGCAGACCAAACCAGAAACGACAGCUUUGUAUAUCCAGAAUCCAUUUGAAACCACUCUGAACAUUAGCAAGAAUGUUAAUGCGACACAGCUAGAACGUUUCGUGGCACUUUCUCGAGAAAGUGCUUGGCUUCUCCAGCAGAAGGAAAUUCUUAAGCAAAGUUCGGACUCACCAUGGGGGUUCGCUGCACUUCUCCUUCCUUCAGUCACCUCAGGAGCAGGGGUGAAAAGUCGCAGUAAGAGAAAACUGGAACCAGCUAGUUCAAGAAUCAAGAACCUCUUAGACUCUCUGAAGAUUAAAGGUGGUGAAACCGUUGCAAAGAAGGGAAGUACAAAUGCUAGAAGGUGAUCUGGUCAAUAAACUCCACUUACCCUGAAGAACAUGGGAAGCGUCUUCUGAAGAAUGAAUUUAAAAGACUAACAUGCCAAAAGAGUGGAACAAACGUCAAGUUUAUGUUUCUACAGUCAAAAUCUGUAAGUCUUUUAAGAAGUAUUUAAAAAAAAAAAAGUAAGCUCUGUUUCUGUUCUCUACUCGAGUAUUUCACAUGAAAGUAACUUUGUAGAUUCCAGUUUGAUAUAACAAUGGAAGAAGAGGUCCACUGCAAUCUUGACUCCUAAAAAAACAGAGUUCAAUGGUUGUGUUGAUCUGAUAACAACAAUCAUUACAGUUUCCAGAGAAGUGAAGCAGAACCUCUGAACACUAAACCGCUUGCAUGGAACAGCUGUGAUUGUUAGAUCACACACAAACACCAUCUUCUCUGAGUUGCAGUAGAAUUACAAAAGCCUAAUGACUGCGUAAACAGUCACUGUCAGCUAAAUAAUGUUUUAUAAGAUAUUAAAACAAAGUAAUAUUCAGACAAUUA